AUGCAUUCUGGAAAUAAAGAAUUCUGCUUCCCUCUUUUCUUUAAAGAUGUCGAGCAUAUAAAUCCUCGCCCUGUAGGGCUACGAAAUCGAUCGUAUCCAACACGUAUCACUUCUCUAAAAAACAGUGCGAAAGGUAUGACUCCGUUCUUGGUUGCUGAUACAGAGACAAUCCUCUACGAUGGGAUGGAUUUAGAUCCUAUUUCUCGGGAUAAGUUUUUCAUGGGAUUAGAUCCAACUCCCUUUGACAAAGAUAAAAAAGUAGAAGUUCAUUCACCUUUUGCUAUAGGCGUUAUGAUUGUUCGUCCGUAUGUGCCUGUAAAUGAGAGUAAUAUCGAUUACUACUACAGUUCUGAUUAUCCUGAUAAGAUCUUCCCAACCCAUAUGGAAAGAAGUACAAAGUUACUGUCGGACUUUAUUCGCCGAAUAAUCUCUAUUAUUAAGAUGAAUCCUGAGAUUCAGACUGUCUACUUCCACAACUUUUCUCGCUUCGAUGGAAUUCUCAUUCUGAGGCACCUCGUGCUGCAUAAUGAUGAAUAUGAAAUAAGACCUCUUAUGAGAAACGGUAGGCUAUAUGAGGUGGUAGUCUAUUUUAAAAAGCGUAUGUUAUUCAGGUUCCGAGACUCCUUAAAUCUACUUCCGGGUAGUCUCGACUACUUAUCAAGUAAUCUAUGCCCAGAGUUAGGAAAUAAAGGGUCCUUUGACCAUAGUUCAAUGAACUUAGAGAACGUUAAGAAAAAGAGAGAUGUAGUGAUCGAAUAUAUGAAGCAGGACAUUCGACUCCUUGGAGGUGUCAUGCAAAAAGCCCAAGAUAUAUAUUGGAAUCUCUUCGAGGUAGACCUCGUGGAUUGGAUCACUGUAGCCUCACAGGCGCUUGGUAUCUUUCGUAUGAAUUUCUUCAACGAUAUGGAUUUCCAUAUUCAUAUCCCAAAUCGGAAUGAAGAUACCUUCAUUCGAAGGGGCUACUACGGUGGUCAUGCCGAUGCUUAUAUCCCAAAAGGGACAAACCUGUACUACUACGAUGUGAACUCUCUCUAUCCUUUUAUCAUGAAGGAAUAUCCAAUGCCUAGUGGUAAGCCAGUGUGGGCUUCUAAUUUGGGUGGUAUGGACUUAGAUAGCCUCUAUGGCUUUAUUGAGGCUUACGUGGAAUGUCCUGAAUCUAUUGUCAGACCCUUCCUUCCCUAUCAUAAGGUUAAAGACCCUACUCUUCUCUUCCAACCGGGGAAUGGAUAG